UCACCAAAUAAUUGUAAAUAAAAUUAUGUGUAUUAUCUAUGGUCAUCACUGACAUUUGGCAAUUUUGUCAUUCGCAAGCCGCAAGUGGGUAAAGAAAUUUAAAGAGGAAAAAUUGCGAAGCGAGUGGUCGUGAAGAAUUGUAAACGAAAAUAAUUUUGUUAUGUAUUAAAUAAAGAAUUAAAAUGAGAAUAACAAACCUUAGACGGGGUAGGUUAGUUCGUAUGGGAGCAGCGUGCACUGUACUUUUACUUCUCAUAUAUGCUUUGCACAAAUGGUCCAGUGAAAACAUAGAAAAUACUGACGUAGUGCUACUUGCGGAUUCGGAAACUUCUUAUUACAAAUCUCACAAAGAUGUUUACCCAGUGCUUAAAACAGAAUUGGGCAACUUUGAACCUAGAGACAAGAAGAUUAUCAAAGGGCCAGGUGAAGAGGGUAAGCCAUACCACAUGUCACAGAAGCAUGCCAAUGAUGUAGCAGAGACUGAGAGUAAAUACGGAAUGAAUAUAGCUGCAUCAAAUGAUAUUGCAAUGAACAGAUCGAUACCGGAUACGCGGCUCGAUGAAUGCAAAUACUGGCACUACCCCGAAGAUCUGGCCAAGACAUCUGUAAUCAUCGUCUUCCAUAAUGAGGGCUUCUCCGUUCUCAUGAGAACCGUCCACAGCGUUAUUAACAGAACUCCUGCGCAAUUUCUGCAUGAAGUCGUCUUGGUCGAUGAUUUCUCCGAUAAAGAUGACUUAAAAGAAAAUUUAGAUAAUUACAUAAAGAGGUGGAAUGGUAAAGUGCGUCUUGUGCGUAAUGUGCAACGCGAGGGACUGAUUCGUACCAGAUCGAGGGGGGCCCAAGAAGCGACCGGCGACGUCAUAGUCUUCCUUGACGCUCACUGCGAAGUCAAUGUCAACUGGCUCCCUCCGCUCUUAGCCCCCAUAUACAGGGACUACAGAACUAUGACCGUGCCCGUUAUAGACGGUAUAGAUUACAACACAUUCGAAUACAGACCCGUAUACCAACACGGAACGAAUUACCGCGGUAUAUUUGAAUGGGGUAUGUUGUACAAAGAGAACGAAGUGCCCGACAGAGAAGCACAUCUUCACAAGCACAAGUCGGAGCCGUACAAGAGUCCGACACACGCUGGAGGCCUGUUCGCCAUCAACAGACGAUACUUCUUAGAGAUAGGCGCGUACGACCCUGGUCUCUUGGUGUGGGGAGGGGAGAACUUUGAGUUGAGCUUCAAAAUAUGGCAAUGCGGUGGCAGCAUAGAAUGGGUGCCGUGCUCGCGAGUAGGUCACGUAUACAGAGCCUUCAUGCCGUAUACGUUCGGUAACUUGGCCAAAAAUCGCAAAGGCUCCCUCAUUACGAUAAACUACAAACGCGUCAUCGAGACCUGGUUCGAUGAGGAGCACAAGGAGUACUUCUACACGAGGGAGCCGAUGGCGCGCUUCUUGGACAUGGGCGACAUAAGCGAACAGGUGGCCUUAAAAGAACGCUUGAAGUGCAAAAGCUUCGGUUGGUUCAUGGAAAACGUUGCGUACGAUGUGUACGAUAAGUUCCCGAAGCUCCCUAAGAACGUUCACUGGGGGAUGGUGAAGAACAAAGCGACUGGUGCCUGCUUGGAUACAAUGGGGAAAGCCGCUCCGGCCUAUAUCGGUACGUCGUCGUGCCACGGGAUGGGCAACAGCCAGUUGUUCAGGUUGAAUGAGGCCGGCCAGCUCGGCGUCGGCGAGCGGUGCGUGGAGACCGACGGAGAUAAUGUUAAACAGGCCAUUUGCAGACUCGGCACGGUUGACGGACCGUGGAGCUACAACGAGGAGCGCCAUCAGCUGGUGCACCGGCUACACGGGCACUGCCUCACGCUGCAACCUCACUCCGGGCAGCUCGGCCUGGCGCCCUGCGACCCAAACAACACAUACCAGCAGUGGACCGUCAAACAGAAAACGCCCAACUGGUGAGAUCGACUCGUAUUGAGAACACGAGAACCGUCAUCUCAACUCCACAAAAAUUCAAUAUGAAUAUUUGAGGCCAUCAGCGCAAAAGUGGCCUAACUCACAAUUUUUUUAUAUUCAAGCUUAUAUUAGCGUAUAUUGGAAUUUAUUUAAAAUAUAAUAAAUUUUGAUGCAAAUCCGGCCUAUCCAUAGUUUCACCCAUAGAUAACAGAUAGCUUUGUAAACAUUAUUUUUGCGCGUAUUGUUUUUUUUUGCCUACUCAAAUUCGAAUUCAUGAAAAUUCAAACCUAAUUGCCUUCAUACUAACUAUGGUACGCUUAGGCCAUUUUUGCCCUGACGGCCUCAUUUAUUGAUUUUACUGAACAUACAGGGUGUAACGUUUACGAAAUCGAUAAGCUGCUUACGUAAACGAUAAACAAUACAAUCGUUCGCUAAACCGAGAAUGAAUUCUUAUCGUUUUUGGUGAAUUCAUUCUUCGUAACUAGAAGAUGACAAGCGUCGACUGAAUUUAGUUUUAUAUUCCAUCAUAUACAAGAAAAAAGAGAAAAAUAUAUUAGUGUUCGUGUUAAGCAUGAACAACUCCAAUACACCCUGUAUGUUGUAAGUUAAAUAAUACAACGAAACGAAGCCUUCGUUAGUUUAUAUUUUUAUAUAAAAAUCACACAGCAAAAUAUGUCGACCAAUAUAUUAUAUAAAGUUAUAAGUAUACAUAAGUUACUCAUAUAACUUCCUAGAUAAAGUGAACCAAUAUUUUUGUGUAAGUCAAUAUUGAUUCUCGUGGUCUCAAUUACGUUUACUUAAAUAGUUUGAUUAGAUUGUAUUUUGUCUUAUGUUAGUGUAAGUAGCGUUCAAUUUGAUUAUACAAACUAUUUAUAAAGCAAAUUUACAAUUGUUAAAAAUUGACAGCCAUUAUGUAAUGCAGAAACUGUUUUAUUUUUGUUUGUAUCUUUCAUUUUGAGCCGAACGUCUUUGCCAUGUGUUCAUUCAUAAUCUCAAAGGAGUACUUAGAUUAUUAGUACCUACUGCUUGAUGAAACUAGAAAAUGAAAAAUAAAAUGUCAAUUUAAAAAUGUUUAUAUAAACAUCAUGAUAGUUUUAAUUUCAAAUAAAAAACUUCUAACACAUAUCAAUUGUACUGGUGUUGUACUUAAAGACAUUCCUGUUUUUUUUUUUUGUAAGAUAAAAUUACAAAGUAUGUAAAUUGAUAAUCUAUGAGUAAUUACCGAAACAAUUAACUGUUUAUUUAGAUUUCAGUGUGGCAUUAUUUGAAAACGUGAAAACACAACAACUGUACUUUCCAUAUUUUAAAACUAAUGUUUUUUUUUACCAAUAUACCUAAAUUAUUUGUUUUUAUUUAUUUAUUAAGAAACAAAAAUAUUCUACCUUCAUGAUGUCUAAAUUUUUUUAUUGUAUGGCUGUAAGUUAUUCUUGGAUUUAAUAUAGAAGAAAAUACUUGUUUCUGAGGAACUGAAUUAUUAGGUACAUUCUACGUCUAAAUGACUCGAGAAAAUUGAGAAAAAAAUAUUAUUUUGUUUUCCAUUGCCUUUUAUUAUAAGAACAUGACAAUAGAAUUUAUUUGUAUUUAAUUAAGUUAACCACAAUACUAUAAUUGUUGUAGGGCUAUUAAAAAAUAAUUCUAAAUCGAAUUCCAAUCAAAUGUAAUUAUUAUUUCGAGUAAUAUUUUUGUGGUCGAAUUAUCUGAAGUCUGAGCUACACUAGACAGAUUUCGGAGCCUAUAAAUUUUAAAUUAACUGUUUAUCGCGAUUGAUUUAACUAUAAACAUCAAAUUUAUUUAAAAAAUUAAAAAAUAUCAUCAAUUUGCGCCAUUCAAAUCCGAUAGAUAUUUCAUUUUAGACAUGGCCCGGCGUUCUGUUUUCACUAUAUAAUAAAUGUUGACAAUUGACAGCAAAACAAAACAAUUUACUACUACGGCUCAAAGGUAACACAGUCAAAGCAGUUUUACAUUAAAUUGCUAAAAUGCGUCAAUGGUAUCGAGAUGCUUAAUUAAUUAAUUUCGACAAUCCAAAGGCUGUUUCGUAAGUAUAGAUUGCUCUAAGCGGUACGAUGUCAUAUAAAGAAAAGUUAUAUAAAUAUUCUUAGAUGUUCCCUUAAUACCGAUACGUGGAAUAAUGAAUAAUUUGGAUUAAUAAUAAAAUGGAGCUAACUUCAUUGUUUGUUUGAGAAUAUCAGCAACAAUUUCCUACAGCGUCUUUUGCGAUGUUUCCAAGUGUAUUUAAAUUGAAACAGUAAGUCUUUAUGUAAACGGGCUAUAAAAAUUGCAUCUUGUUGGUUAUUUUUCUUGACUUGAAUAUAGCUCAAUGUAUUUGCAACUUUACCCUUGCUGCAAUUUUAUUUUGCAAUACAUUGCCGAGUGUAGCCCUUCAAGAUUUGGCAACUGGAUUGCUGAGGAGUUUUGCUCGUACAUGCGGGGCAUAUUGCGGCUAGAUCUCGCAGGACAAAAUUGUGGACACCGAAGAUGUUGCCGUUGCUGCAGUUUUUAUUAUUUUGCGUCAUCGUUUAAAGAAACCGAAAUCUAGAAGAAGAGUAUGGAUCCCGCCAUAUUUAAAUAGACGAGCAUCCAUAACUAACCUUGACAAAGAGCUGAUUCUCGAUAAAGAUCUGUUUCAAAACUUCACUGGGAUGUCCAAAAGUGACUUCGAAUAUUUGUUGAAUACAAUUGGACCAAGAAUCGAAAAAGGAGAUACAAACAUGAAAAAGGCAAGGGGAGGUGAGCGACGGAAAAGAGAUGGACCUAUACAUCAGAGCAAAGACGAUAUACGGCAAUAUUGCAGUGAAGUCAAAGCGGGAUAAAUCAUUUGCAAUGUGGCCGGCUAGACAUUAAAUACUUGCAACUAUAAUGAAAUAUAUUGACAAUAUCGCCGGGCUAUACAGCAAUUGUUGCACUGUGUUGAGAUAUACAAUCAGCAACUUGGCGGCUAUAAUAUUGGAGCAAGAAAUUGUCAAAAAUCUAGCCCGUUUACUAGCACCUUAACAAUACGCUGCUGUAAUAUAUAAGAGGAUAAAUAACAUGUAAAAGUUUCGGAUCUUCUCACUGGGUCGCGUUUCCGAUCCGGUGGUAGAUUCUGCGAAGCACGGCUCUUGCUAGUGCUAAUGUUAGCAACGCCGCAAGGUUAGAGCCCCGAGAACUCACCUACACGAUUAGGUUAUGCUGGCAUAGCCUCUGCCACCAGCUUAGAUAUGGAAAAAAAGUAACAGUUAUUGAGCCCGCAAUCUAAGACGAAGGUAGCUGGCGGAUGUGGUCGUUGACCUCGCACGACGCACUAUUUGUAUUUUCAUUACAUAGCGUCUAUUUUUAGACCUUAUAUUUAAAUAAUAAUCGUGUCAGGGAACACGUGCGUAGGUAGAUUCGAUAUACGUCAGCAUAUAGUCAUAGAUAUGAAAUAAAUAUUAAAACAUUAAAUAAAUAGGGUCAUGUUCCGGUCAUGUGUAUGUUAUUGCCAGUCGUAAUUUAAAUAUUAUUUAAAAAAAUAUAUUUGUAUAAUUAUAUAGUACUAAUAUAUGCAAAACAAAACAUUCGCUAUAGAAGAAUCUCAUUUUAAAAACAUACAAAUGUAGUUAUGUAAUUUUGUAUCAAGUUAUCUGGUAGACACAAAAUUGUUUCUUCUAUACACUAAUAGUCUCAAAAAGGCAGUCUUUUAAUUGACAAAAUAGCACAUUGAGGUUUUUGUUAUAUUUGUAUUUGUAUUUGUGUAUGAAGACAAUGUUGGAAAUUUCUUAAUAUUUUUUAUUUAGACAUUUUUUAAAUGCAAUUUUAUGAUUUAUAUACCAUAAAAAUCUGAAGUCAGAUAAAAUAUGUAUUUAAUUGUAAUUUUUUCUUAGGUUUGGAUAGUUUGAACUAUGCAAUUUGUAAACACGCAAAUUCAAAAAAGGAUUUUUUUACGAAAUUAAUGUAACAGAAUAUGUUUUAUGGAAAUUGAAAAAAAAACCAUAAAUAUUCGUUUUUCAUCCAUAAACUUAUUUCUAAACUAGAAAUUUAAUGAUGUAUUACUGUGCUGUUAUAUUGCUCCGGUCGUUGAGAUCUUGCUAGCGUAGUGUCUUCAUGACAGUCCAUCACUGAAUCGAGCAUCACGUCUUUUUGACGUGACAACGUCUUAUAAUUCGAUGGACCCGGCUGCACGCACGAAAAACAUGACCCAUGCGGCGUUACCUCGCUCUGAGGCGUUCCAUUUAAGGCUUGAAGUGCAAGCGAGAGCGCGCAACGAUCGACAAAGAGGCACAAUCGGCCUCCGCGCUCGGCAGUGUUCGACAUCUGUCUCUCUCUUACUUGAGUGAGCGAUGCAUCCGCGUGGACAGUUGCUAUUUGUUUACAUGUUUUCGUCAAGUUUGAAGUUCAGUGAAAAGUGAAAAAUAUCUAUCAAACAAAUAAAAUUAUAAUUUUCUUUUGAAAAAUGAAACCAUUCCAUCAGUAUUUUCUUAUGACGUUGUCACGUUCAACUAUCGUCAGUAAACCGACUUUACAGACAACCGAUAUUUUUUUUACGGGCAAGGAACAUCCGCUCUCCUCGCACUAAAUUUAUCUGUCAUUUCUUUCGUCAUGUCUCGAUCGUUAAGUGACAUCAACAACAAGUUUAGUGAAAUCGAUUCACGACUAACUCGCCAGUUGUUCGAUAAAUAUGUAUCAUUAAAAUAUCUUAAUAAAGUGACAGCUGACAAUAUAUACUAUAUAGAUACAUAUCUUCUGAUUUUUAUUACCUACUGAAUGUGAAAUGUCUACUGUACUACGUCAUAAAUGACCAUCAAAUAAGCUUUAAGAAUUCAUUUGUAUUACAUUUAAAAUUACAUAUAUAAGAAAGAAUUGUGUAACAAGUUCAGUUUCUGUGCCUGCAUUUGAAAAUAAAUGAGAUAUAUUUAUUGUUA